ACACGGAGACAUCCAGGAGGAAGCGCAGACCUCAGACCAGCCCUCCUCACCUCACCGUCCUCUCUCUCUGCUCCCGGUGUCCGCAGACGAAUCUGACCGCGGAUCAGCUCCAGAGUCACACACCAACCGGGACUCAGACUCAGACACCAGAGGAAACCGUGCAGCCAAGUCGUCAGUCUGGCACGCCAAGACAAGACACACAUCAUCCAGAGCAGAGCAGAGCAGAGCAGAGCAGAGCGGAGCAACGGACGAACCGGACUGGAACCUGGUAGGAACAACACCGGGGGUUUAACGGAAACACGUUGAAGAAGAAAGGACUGCCUGGCUCUGUACAAGGAGAAGUAAUACACGAAGCUAAUUUCCAUCUAUUCCUGGCAGCGAGGAGAGGAGUGUACGCUCCCACCCCCGAGAGAGAGAGAGAGAGAGGGAGAGAGAGACAUUUAUAACCACAGCUAGCGGAAUGUAAUGCUAGCGCGCUAGCUACUGUUAGCUGGCUAAUUAGCUUGUCAGUUAUCAAAGAGUCCGGAUCUUUUAUUGAAAUAGGUCACUGCUGUUUGGCGACUUUCUUUUUCUGAGGGAAAAAACCCAGCUGUACUUAAUGUGCUUCUUUUGUCCAGAAACAUAAUGUUCAGCCUCGAAUAGUUAGACACUAAACAGUACCAGCUGCUUAUAUAUAUUUAUGUAAACCAGUGUUUUUUUGGGAGAAAUCCAGUGUGACUAUCGAGAGCUGAGGACACAUCCUAAGAAGACUUUUUUUUGACUGGUGACUUGUCUGUCUGCCGUCCAAUGUUAAUGUCGACCGACGUUGCUUCUAUAAUGCUCCCCGUUAGUCGGGGGAUAAUGGAGAGAGACAUUGAUCCAGCAGCAGCAGCCGGAGCGAUGGUUGCAAACAACGCGGCCGGAGGUCCAGCAGCAGCAGCGGCGGCAGCAGCAGCAGCUGUCCGCGGGAUGAAGCGAGGAGACCCGGAGCCCGACGCUCAGACAGCCGUUGUCCUCACUGACUUAGCCGGGGCGGAGUGCAAAAGACCCAGGAUAGACGGCACCGGGGCUGUUGUUGUUGUUGGUGACAUUGGACAGAACAACGAGCCUUUAAACCCUGGUUUCCAUGGCUACCCAACUCACAGUCAGGGCUCUCAAGAUUCGACAGGAGGACAGGAGGGAUUGGUGGCCCCACCCUUUUCAGCGUUCCCCCCUCCUCCCCCUCCUCAAAACGGGCUACCAGGGACAGAGUUUGGCCCCGGGGCUAUGUUUGGUGCUGGGGGCCAAGUCACAGCAGAGGUAGGGGUUGGUGCUAACGGAGCCGCCACCACUACCACCAACAACAACAACAACAAUGGAAAGACAGAGGAGGCGUCCCAGGGUGAGGCGGGAGUACAGUGCGGCACAGGAGGUUCAGGAGGAGGCUCUGUGGGGGACCCCUCAGAGGCCAAAGGGACCCCGAAACGCCUCCACGUCUCAAACAUCCCCUUCCGCUUCCGGGACCCUGACCUCAGGCAGAUGUUCGGGCAAUAUGGGAAGAUUCUGGAUGUAGAGAUUAUUUUCAAUGAGAGGGGUUCAAAGGGUUUUGGCUUUGUGACAUUUGAGACCAGCGCAGACGCAGAGAAAGCCAGGGAAAAGCUCCACGGCACAUUGGUGGAAGGUCGUAAGAUUGAGGUGAAUAAUGCCACCGCCAGGGUGAUGACCAACAAGAAAAUGGUCAGCCCCUACCCUAACGGAGAGGCUCUCAGCACGCUGCCUUACGCGGGGUGGAAAUUGAGUCCUAUGAUGGGAGCCGUGUACGGACCAGAGAUCUACGCAGUCCCAGGGUUUCCCUACCCUUCAGCAGCAGCGGCCGCCACUACAGCGGCAGCGUUCCGCGGCGCCCACCUCCGGGGCCGAGGCCGGCCCGUCUACAGCGCUGUGCGGGCCGCCGUGCCUCAGCAGGCCAUCCCUACCUAUCCUGGCGUGGUGUAUCAAGAUGGGUUUUACGGAGCUGCCGACUUAUAUGGAGGCUACCCUGCUGCUGCUGCUGCCGCCGCCGCCGCCUAUCGCUACGCCCAGCCGACCGCCGUAACCCAAGCAACCGCCGCUGCUGCCGCCUACAGUGACAGUUACGGCCGGGUGUACACUACAGAUCCCUACCACGCUUUAUCUCCAGCUGCUGCUGCUUACGGAGUGGGAGCCAUGGCCAGUUUAUACCGGGCAGGAUACAGUAGGUUCGCUCCUUACUAAAACCACAAAUCACACCCGAGGAAUUUCACAUCGCUCCCAAAAACCCUUUUUUCAAGCUCUUUGUUUGGCAGCAGCUCCCCUCCAUUUCUCUGCAGGCGGACUAUAGUGACAACUCAUGUGUUUUUGUUUUUUUUUCUUUCUUUUUGUGGCGAGAGAGAGAGGUCAUUUGCCACAUCAUCAACUCAAAGUCUCAAACUUUCUCUACUCUUCUGUCUGUCGCUGACACGGAAAACAAAGACAAAACUGCCAGCGAGUGUCUCCCUGCGUAGAAAGCCGGAGCCUGCUACUUUUGAACUACGGGGCACAAUUUAGGACGGUUUUUAAAACACUACGGGACCUGGAAGGAGACAGACUGCUGUUCUUGUGUGAUCCUGCACACCCUUUUUUUCCCCUAUAAGUCUCUGAACUUACAGUAUAUCAUCUGCCCUAUCAGACCUAAUCAGACCUAUAUUACACUCAGCACCAAGUAUACGGUUUCCUCUACAUCUUCCUUUAGUGUUGGCCUGCACACAAUGACGCCACAGCACAGCGUUACUAUAAAAAGGUACUUCUGUUUUUAAACACUACAUUGACGUAAAGCUCCUGUACAGCAGAGACGUCCCUCUGGUUUAGCAUCGUGGUAUAAUAAUGACACUCGGACUGCUCAAUACAGAAGAUGUAGGAAUUAUUCUUGUUGAUUUUUGUAAAGCUGGAACACUCAGCCGGAGGGAAUUUGGAGCAUCUGGCCUGCAGAAACCACUGUUGUCCUGGCAACAACAAACACGGCAUGGGAAAAAAAAAAACUCCAGCAUUUCACAACUUCCCCCUCCGAAUUUAAAAGGAAACACAAAAAAUUCAAAAAAGCGUGAAAAUGACAAGGAAAAAAAAAAACAA